CUUAUCAGUAAAUCCAAUUACAUUCCAAACUCUGGCAGAAUACGUAAUAAACGCCUGGAUGUUUCACACAUUCCAGCUCUCGGGCCGCGCCCGGCUCUUCAUCUUCCUCUGGAUGUCUGGGGCUGUUCCGAGGCGGGCUCUGCGAGUUGCCCUCCGGCCAUAAAAAGGGUCCCCAGUGCUCAUCUCGGGGAGUUUCAGCUCGGUGCUGCGGCUGCUCGUCCUCCUGCCAUGGCCUGCACUGCCAGCGCUCCGGCCGCGCCUGCCCACGGUCACUUCUGGGAGAUGCUGUCGCUGCUGGCCCGGGAGCCGGGUAUGGAGUGGCUGGAGCUGAGCCUUGCUGGGCAGGCUGUCACCUCCCCUCCUCGCAGCCGGGAAGCACCGAGGAGCGGAAGAGAGAUGACUUAUCAUCAGCAGCAUUCCUUGGGACCUUGGCCUCUGAAGACUUUGUCGUUGCUGGAGCGCUCAGGAGACAGUAGGCUUUGGCAAGCCUACCUCGAAGGACUGAAGAAAUUCCUUGUCUUUAGGGAAAUCAUGGGAAUGCCUGCAGUCUGGCCAAUUCCAGUGGAGCAAAUUAGAGGGUUUUUGGCUGUGGAAUCUAAUUUUUCCGCCUCAAAGACACUCAUAUACAUGGCAGCACUUUCUUAUUUAUCAAAAUUGACUUGUAGCUCUGAUCCUCUGCAAGAUCCUAUAACCUGUUGCAUGGUGACAGGGUUGAAACGUCGAGUGGGUGUCCUGAGGGAUAUAUACUUGCCUGUAACAAUUGAGAUAUUGCGAUCUCUCUUAGGAGCUCUGGAGUCUGUGUGCAUAACUCAUUACGAAUGCUUACUGUUUCGUGCAUUAUUUACUGUAGCUUUUUUUGGGGCACUUCGAAUAGGAGAGAUGGUGGCAAAGCACCGUAAUGUACUGCAGCCGGAGCUGCUGUGUCUGAGUGAUAUCCAGCUGAUGGCGAGGAAAGUACUGCUUUUUCUGCCUUACUCUCCUGUGGAUCAGGAGAGGCACGUCAUCAGCCUAGCGCUGUCCGGAGAGCCAUGGGUGUGCCCUGUCCUGGCCCUCCGGAGCUAUUUGACAGCUCGCUCACAGCAGGAAGGGCCAUUGUUCGUGCACUCGGACUUGAGGUCUGUAACGAAGAGGGAGUUCCUGGCGGUUCUCCGGUGUGCCCUGAGCCUGCUGGGGCUGUGUCCGGAGCAGUUCGGCGUGCAUUCCUUCUGGAUGGGGACUGCCGUCACCGCUGCGCGCUGCGGCUAUCCUGGGGAAGAUGUCACUCGCCUGGCAAGAUGGCCCUGUAUGAUCCCAGGAAGAUUCUAACCACGGGCACCAGCAGGAAAAUAGAAGCUAGCCAAUCAUCUUCUUUAUGUAGAGUCAACUUUAGCUGUAUAGUUUAGAAGCUAAUCAAUCAUCCUCUUUAUGUAGAGUCAACUUUAGCCUUUGACAAGAAUUUAGUAUUAACACUUGAAAUUAAUUUUCUACCUCACAGUGGGGUGAUCCUAAGUUCACUCAGAACUUGUUUGUUCUGUCUGUAUUUAAAGGUAGGGGGAAUGUUUAACCUUUGUGCA